UUCGACAUUUAUCGUCACUAGUCGGCACGUGUUGCAAUUGUUUUUAUUUUACUUAGCUUAAAUAAUGUCAAAAUUUCUGUCCUAUUACAACCUGUUUCCCAUACCGGAUCCCAAGGAGUUUCUGGGUCUAGCCGCGGACAGGGAGAAAGGUAAUGUAGUGACCACACUGGCGCGCAAUGUUGUGGUAGUUUUGAAUAUUAGCACUCAAAAACAGUUGCUCAGUUGGUCCCUACCGGAAAAGCUAUCUUCCAAGGUUGUUUACGACCCCAGCAGUCAGAAAUAUGUGGGCGUCUUCGGAAACCAUUCGCUGCGGCUGUGGGAUGUGGACACCAGUGAAGUGGCCAAGUGCAAGAAGCUAAAAUUCCAAAAAAGUAUUGCCCAUCUGGUGGAAACCAACCGGGAGGCCUUGGUCCUCUACAGUGAUGGGUAUUGCGAAACCCUCUCAACGGCGAUAGCCUCUCGCAAGGACCAAAAGGAGGACACAGCUGAGCAACUGACCCUUGCCAACAGCAAGGUCAUUAGCAAGCCCUCGGUUUAUACCUUGGCCCAUGGUCAGCAGGUGCUAACAUACUUCCAGGAAACGAAGGCCACCGGCGAAAUGCAGCUCAUCCGGCUCUCCUUGACCACCGCCAAUCGUCGGAAGUAUCUCAUCAAACGGGAGGAGGUCCGCCUUACAGGCUAUGCCGUCGUGGAGGGUGAUGUAGCUCCCCAACUAUUAACUAUCUGGUCCGACAAGCGGAUCUUCAUGCUCAAUCUGGCGGAGCGCACCUCCGAGCGACCGCCUGGACAAUUCGUGUCAAUGCUGGCCGAGCUGAAUGUGGAAAGCAAGUUAUCUGUGCAUGGAGUCUCGCGGAACUUUGCUGCCAUCUACGGCGCAAACUACGGACAGGAGGGCGCCUCGCUUUUAGUCUACAACACUCAGUUCAAAGUCGUGAAUGCCAAGCAGUACUUUAAGGUGUACCUGGACUUCUCUCGCCUUUGGGCCGGCAAUGAGCAUAUCCUGCUGGCCAUGGGUCAAAAUAUAGCCGCCGUGCGCUACCGAAUGAACCGUGAGGUGUUAGUGGAUAUGCUGGGAUCCCAGUUUAGUGACACCCACCUUUCGCCUCUUGAACUGGAUCACAUCAACGAGGAGGAGUACCUGGAGUCCGUAAUCAAGUUUGAUGGCAGUACAAAGCCUUUCAACUACUCUGCUGUAAAAUCAAAAAUAAAUAACCAGCUGCCCACGGUGGAUAUCCAAAAGGCAGAUGGCAGGGAGUUGGCCUACGAUCCUCCCGAGGUAGUAGACCAGGAGAUGGAUGAAAUUAUCAAGCAACACGUCCAUGGAGAGAUCACCAGCUGCGAGAACGGGUUGGAAGACGUGAGUGUCACCCUUAUGACGAACUUCUUUGAUACGGGCCCAAAGAACUUAGCUGUACAGGCCUUGGUUCGGCAACUGGAAAGAAGUGGAGCCGGGGAGGAGGAGAUCAUAGAGAAAAUUCUUACACUCUUUAUCAAAACGGAGAACACAGAACAUGUGCUAAUGUGCCUGCGGCGCUACAGUAAUAUUUCUGAGAGAAUGCUAGCCUGGUCGCUGCGGUUUGCUGUAGAUCAAAGCGCAAAUCGCUUUCUCGUUAAUGGUGAUGCUAACGAUAAACCAUUGAAGAAAAGUCGGUCUAACGACGAGUUGCUGAAUGCAGUGCUAGCCUGCACUUUUGACGCCAGUGGCAUCGAGGAGCAUCUUCGUCAUCGGCUGGAGCUUUCCCAUGUCCAGCAUCUGAUGAACCACCUCUACGAACUGGUCAAUGAUCCCAGUGCACAGCUAGAGGAACGACCUAACAGGGAGUCCUCGCUUGUUCAUACGGAAGUUCAAGCCUUGCAAUGGUUCGGCUGCCUUUUGACCUCCCACUUCACCCUGCUAAGCAUCUCCAAAGACGAAGCGCUGCUCGAGACGCUCUCAAAGUGGGCCACUCUCCUUUCCUUCUACGAGGAAAGUCUAUUCGAUUUAGCGAAUUUGGUGCCGCAGCUCACGAACAUUGUGGAGAAGCGUCAGAUGAAACCCAUUUACUCUACCACGUGGUACGGCAUCGAGGAGGUAGUGCUCUAUUGAAAAAGAUGAAAGAUUUAAGCGUUUCCCUUAAUUUCUUUUCUUAAAUGAUAAGCCAAAUAAAAAUAGAAUUAACCUA